AUGUCGUCACAUUCAGAGCACACUUUGUCAGAAGUCCCAACACGAGUGGAUGAGCUGCCCCCGGAUCUCUUAGCGCUGAGGACUUCCAACGCUGAGAAGGGUGUCAACAUUCUUGCGCAAACUCCAAGUCGGCCAUUUUCUUAUCGUGAAGAUGAGACGGUGUACGCCAAGUUCACGCCCAAGCGCAAAGCGCUCAUCACAGCCAUCGUGUCUUUCGGUGGCCUUGGAAUCAACUUGGCGGCCCUGUUGGUGUUGUCAGCCCUGCCUGAAGUGGCUACGGCUUUCAACACAACAGGAACCGUCAUCAACUAUUCCAACGCCCUUUUCCUGUUGAUCAUGGGUAUCGGUGUCCUGUUCUGGGGUCCAUUGAGUCAAGUCUAUGGCAGAAAAUGGGUUUUCGUCUCUUCGACGGUGUUGUUCUGCGCCUUUUCUCUCGCGACAGCAGUAUCACCCAAUCUGGCCGCCUUCUUCAUCUUCAGGUCCAUCACCGCAUUCGGAGGCACCUGCUUUCUUGUUGUCGGCUCAAGUUGUCUCAGCGAUGUAUAUCGGCCGACUGAGCGUGGUACAGCUCUGGGCUGGUUCCUUGGAGGCACUCUGAUCGGACCUGCCUUUGGGCCGUUCCUUGGAGGCGUCAUCGUCACGUACUCGACGUGGGAGUCGCUCUUCUGGUUUCAAGGUGCUCUCGGAGGUGUUGCCAUGAUUUUGGCCAUCGCAUUUCUGCCAGAGACGAGUCACGGCAAAUGGUCCGAGGAACUGGAGGGACUUUCAGCCAAGGAGAAGGUCGCCCAGGUCUGGGAAUGGACCAACCCGUUUAGGGUGAUUUCGCUAUUCCGAUACCCCAAGAUUCUCAUCGUGCUGGGCAGUGGCAAGUUUCGACAUGGCGCAGACAGCGCGAUGUUCAACGCGGGCAUCGCGGCGUCUUCGAUCAUGUGGAACAUGCAAGUUCUUCUCACCCCCGUCCGCUACGUCAUCAACCCGAGGUUCAACCUCACGAGCCCCUUGCAAUCCGGAUUCUUCUUCCUCGCACCCGGCACGGGCUAUCUCAUCGGGACUUUCUUUGGCGGUCCUUUUGCCGACCAUACGGUCAAGAAGUGGAUUAAGAAGCGGGGCAAGCGAGUACCGGAAGAUCGCUUGCGGAGUGCGUUUAUCGCCAUGGGACUCGUGAUUCCCGGAAGUGCGAUCAUCUAUGGAUGGGCUAUCGACAAGGCCAAGGGCGGAAUCCCUCUGCCUGUCAUCAUGAUGUUCACUCAGGGUCUCGCUCAGAUGAUAUGUUUCCCUUGCUUGAACAGUUACUGCUUGGACGUCUUCCGAGACAGAGCGUCAGAAGUUAUGGCUAGCAACUACUUCAUUCGAUACACGGUGGCUGCCAUCGCGACGGCAGUCUGCCUUCCCGGAGUGCAGGGCAUUGGCGUUGGCUGGUUCUCCACACGCAUCAAAACUCAUAAGAUCCUCAGCGCGUUCUCAACAUCAGCCCCGAACACGAUGGCGAAGUCGGUAGAGAGCCAACAGGACGGUCGUCCGAGCAUCAACAUUCGGCCGGCAACUCUAGACGAUACCCAAGCCAUCGCAGAACUCGGCUGCCACGUCUUCUCCGUCACAUUCGGCCACUCGGUAGAGCCUCAUGAGCUCAAGGCGUUCCUGGAUGAAUCAUACUCUCUCGAGGCCGUCGCCAAAGAUCUAAGCGACCCGAACAAGGACACUAUUCUCGCGACCGACUUAGAAGGCGACAUUCUCGGCUUCGCGAUGCUCACACGCGGCUCGACGGAGCCCUGCGUAGCGGACCUGGAGGCUACUGUCGAGCUGCAGCGGAUAUACCUGUAUCCUAAAGCCCACGGCACAGGCACCGCCAAAGCACUCGCGGACAGGCUGGAGGAUAUGGCCAGGGAGCAGGGAUUCAAGAAUAUCUGGCUUGGGGUGUGGGAAGAGAACUUCCGCGCCCGCAAAGCCUAUGAGAAAUGGGGAUACAAACGAGUCGGCACUCAUGACUUCGUUGUUGGCUCAGUCGUUCAGACGGAUGAUAUUUUGACAAAACAGCUCUAG